AAAAAUACUUUUUGAGAAAUUAUAUGAAUAUAUUAUUUUAUCAAAUGAUCCGUAAAAGUACAUAAAGAAAAAGAACAUGAUCAUAUGAAUACUAAAGAGAACAAUUUAAAAAGAGGUAAAUAAGAAGAUAAAAAAAAUUGUUAAGUUCAAAGACUAAAAAUGGGAGGAGUAAAUAUCAAACCAGAUUAGCUGGAACAAGUUUCAGGACAAUAGGCAUUCGUUGUGGUAAAUCCUUGAGCAGACGGACUUGAUUCAUGAAUGGCCUAUCUCAGCCGCUGUCCAAAACCUUGAACCACCUUCUCUCCGCCCCAACCGCCGCCGCCGCCGCUGCACAUUGCGAAUCACUCUUAUACCAUUGUUCCACCACCAAGUGUUUGAGCACCACAAAGCAACUGCACGCCCACAUUCUAAGGACCCGACUCCUGCAUCAUCACCACAACUCCACUCAUUUCCUCUCCCUCCUCACAGCCGCCUACGCCCUUUGCUCUCAAACUUCCCAUGCUCGCAAGCUGUUCGAUGAAUUGCCUUUUAGAACUCUUCACUCUUACAAGACCAUGAUAAGAAUGUACGCGGAAGACGGGGCUCCCCGAGAUGCUCUCAAAUUGUUUGCUGAAAUGCUCCACUCAGGUCGGCACGUGCCGGAUGGGUAUACGUUCCCGUUUGUAAUUCGGGCCUGUGGUGAUUUAUUGCUGCGUGAGAUUGGGGCUGUUGUCCAUGGUCUGACAGUAUUGACUGGGGUUGUCUUGAAUGCAUUCUUGGGGAACUCGUUGUUGGUGAUGUAUAUGAAUUGUGGAGAUGAAGAGGGGGCAAGGAGAGUGUUUGAUGCAAUGCAGGAGAAAACUGCGGUGUCUUGGAACAUCAUGAUUGGUGGGUAUUUCAGAAAUGGUAGUGCCAAGGAAGCCUUGAUACAUUUCAGGAAAAUGAUGGAAGUCGGAGUGAGUAUAGAUUGUGCCACUGUGCUUUCCGUAUUGCCUAUUUGCGGAUACCUGAAAGAUGUGAAGUUGGGGAGAGAGGUUCAUUCAUUGGCUGAAGAGAAAGGUUUUUGGGAUCUUUUACCUGUUAGAAAUGCAAUUGUCAAUAUGUAUGUCAAAUGCAGCUCUAUGGAAGAGGCACGUUUAGUUUUCGAUAAGAUGGUGGGUAGAGAUGUGGUUACAUGGACUACUAUGGUGAAUGGGUACAUUUUGGAUGGCGACAUAAGCUCCGCAUUGCAGUUAUGCCGUACAAUGCAGUUUGAAGGCAUAAAACCUAACUCAAUCACUCUGGCAUCCCUGAUUUCGGCUUGUUCAAGUCUUUCUGACAGUAAACUUGGCAAAUGCAUACAUGGAUGGGCAAUCAGGCAGAAACUUGACUCAGAUGCGAAUGUAGAAACUACACUCAUUGACAUGUAUGCAAAGUGCAACUGUUUCAAGCUUAGCCUUCGUGUGUUUGUCAAGACUCCCAAGAAGAGAACUGUCCCAUGGAACGCAGUUCUCUCUGGGUGUCUUCAUAAUGAUCUUUCAGGAGAAGCAAUUCUGCUUUUCAAACAAAUGCUUUCAGAAGAUGUGAAACCUAAUGAUGCAACACUAAAGAGCUUACUUCCUGUAUAUGCAAUCGAAGCUGAUUUGCAGCAGGCCAUGAGUUUACACAGCUAUCUUGUGAGAUCUGGUUUCAUUUCAAGAAGAGAGGUUGCAACUGGCUUGGUUGAUGUAUAUUCGAAAUGUGGGAAGUUGGAUUAUGGUCACGAAGUCUUCAAGGAAGUGCCUCUCAAGGAAAGAGAUAUUGUGUCGUGGGGUGUGAUAAUAGCUAGCUAUGGAGUGCAUGGACAUGGAGAUAUUGCAAUUUCUCUAUUUAAUCAGAUGGUUCAGUCUCAUAUUGAACCUAACGAAGUCAUUUUCACUUCUGUUCUGCAUGCUUGUAGCCAUGGAGGGUUAGUUGACGAUGGCCUAAGUUUAUUUAAUUACAUGAAGAGACAUCAACCUGAUGAUCUUCGGCCGUAUCAUUACACUUGUAUAGUUGAUCUUUUAGGACGUGCGGGACGGCUUGAGGAAGCUUAUGACUUGAUAAAAGAUAUGCCCUUUAAAUCAACUCAUACCGUUUGGGGUGCAUUACUAGGUGCGUGUGUUAUACACGAAAAUGUUGAGCUCGGGGAGGUGGCUGCAAAGUGGCUUUUUGAGUUAGAGCCACACAACACCGGGAAUUAUGUGUUGUUGGGAAACAUUUAUUCUGCUUUAGGAAGGUGGAAAGAUGCUGAAAAUGUGAGGCGUCUAAUGAACGAAGUAGGAUUGAAAAAAAGACCCGCGCAAAGCUCCAUUAAUUGAGGCUCUAGAAGAUCCUACAAUGUGUUAGAAGAACUUCUUUACUUGAUGUGUAAAGGAAAAUCUGAUGGAACACUUGCGAUUUCAUCUAAGAACAUUGCAAGUAACGGG